AUGGCGAACUACGCAGAGACGUUCGCCGCGUGGACGGCCAUCUGUCUGACGGACCACACCCUCCUGGGCGACAACGACACUGAGGAUGACGUGAGAGCGUUAUGCCAAGAGGCAGUAAAAACGUGUCCUUUCGCAGCGGCAGUUUGCGUUCACCCCCAUUUUGUAAAAUUCAUAAAUGAACAAAUAAAAAAAGAAAUCAAUCCCUUCAAACCAAAAAUCGCAUGUGUCAUAAAUUUCCCAGAAGGCACAGAUCCAAUAGAGAAAGUGCUUGAAGAUACUUGCAAGGCAGUUAGUGAUGGGGUCGAUGAAGUAGAUCUGGUGAUUAACUAUAAAAAAAUUAUUGAGGAUCCAAAGGUAGGGAUUGAAGAAGCUACUGUUUUAACGAAGAGAGUUAAAGAGGUGUUAAAGGAGAAAGUACUUAAGGUAAUAAUUGAAGUUGGGGUGUUGAAGUCUGAGGAUUUAAUUAUCCAAACGACGUUAGCUGUGUUGGAGGGGAAUGCAGACUUCGUGAAGACGUCGACGGGGAAGGCACAGGUCAAUGUGACGCCCAGUUCAGCCAAAGCAAUAAUCAAAGCAAUAAAACUGCACUUAGAGGAACAUCCGGAGAAAAAGGACAAAAUUGGACUGAAGGUUUCUGGGAGCAUAAAGGACCUUAGCAUGGCUAGCUACUACGUUUUGUUGGCGAGGAAUGUGUUCAGUGCCUUGGCUUGCCACCCGAACCACUUCCGCAUCGGGUCCUCUUCACUCGUCCCCAAGCUCCGGAAGGUCAUUGAGAACUGCCCUCCGUGUUAG